GUAGAAGCGUGCAAGCGAGCCACGUUUUGAAGUUGAAUCCGGGAAUGGUUAUAGUUUAGUUUGAUCUGUAAGAAUCAGCAUUUACUUUCUUACGACACCGAGCUGGCUUUUAAGAGGAGUACUGCGGUAGCGUAAGGCUAAAUAUUGAUGUGGUCGACUCGACGUCCCUGCUAGCUAGCGGUGGCGUCCCUGCUCGAGAGCUAACGUUACUCAGGGUGUAACUACAUUCUGGAUUAAGUAUCGCUCAGUUUCUCCCGGUCAUUGUGCAAUACGACAUUUAAGAUUAUGGACCCUUCUGCCAGACUAAAGCUGUCGAAGGACAUGAAACUUCAAACUCAUGAUGUGAAGUCAACCGGCUAUGGCCCAAAGCGGAUUCCUGUGUCUCAGCCGCCACAGAUGUCUGUGGUUACACCAACUCCCCACCAGCGAGUUCUAGGUGUGUCGAAUGGACCUCAGCGCGUUCAGCGGCCUGUGACUCACCAGAAGCCAGCAUCUCAUGUCUCGGUGGCGGUCAAGUCUGCUGCGCGCCCCUCUGAUCAGAAUGUGAACCCUGCCACUCAGCAUGGAAACUGCGUGCCGCAGCCCAAACGUGUUCCUCAACAAAUCCAACCAAAGACGAAUGUCCCCAAGGUAAACCUGGAGCCGGCGAAACCACCAUCGGAACCGGCAAACCCGGAGAAGCCACAAAUCAAACCUGCCAAGAGUGUGCCACUUGCCUCUGCUUCAAACAGGCAUUGGUGCCUGGAGAAUUUUGACAUCGGCCGUCCCUUGGGAAAGGGUAAAUUUGGCAACGUCUACCUGGCCAGAGAGCGGCAAAGCAAGUUCAUCUUGGCCCUGAAGGUGCUCUUCAAGAAGCAGUUGGAGAAGGCUGGGGUGGAGCACCAGCUGAGGAGGGAAGUGGAGAUCCAGUCUCACCUCAGGCACCCGAAUAUCCUGCGUCUCUACGGUUACUUCCAUGACUCAUCGCGUGUCUAUCUCAUCCUGGAGUUUGCACCCAAGGGUGAGCUGUACAGUGAGCUGCAGCGCUGUGUGUGUUUUCCUGAGGCCAGAAGUGCCACAUACAUCAUGGAGCUGGCAGAUGCACUCAACUACUGCCACACCAAGAACGUGAUCCACAGGGACAUAAAACCAGAGAACCUGUUGCUGGGGGGCAACGGGGAGCUAAAGAUUGCAGACUUUGGCUGGUCUGUUCACACGCUCUCCUCCAGGAGAUCCACACUCUGUGGCACGCUGGACUACUUGCCUCCAGAGAUGAUUGAGGGGAAAACUCACGAUGAAAAGGUGGAUCUGUGGAGUCUCGGCGUCCUUUGCUUCGAGUUCCUGGUUGGGAAACCCCCCUUUGAAACCAAAAGUCACGAGGAGACCUACCGCAAGAUAUCGAGGGUGGAGUACACUUACCCCGCACAGUCCAACAUCGGAGCCGGUGCCAAAGACUUGGUUGCUAGGCUGCUGAAGCACAACCCAAAUCACAGACUGCCCAUUCAGGGAGUCCUGUCCCACCCCUGGGUGGUCGAGAACUCCACCAAGAAACCCACAACCCUCACCAACGAAGAAGUCAGCCAGUGAGCCGCUUUGUCCCUCCGCCCAGCGCCUGCAUGUGAGGGCGCAGCAGUGCAGAACACAGCGGCUGCACAAAGGUGUGGCCCCUGAGCACCUGGGUGCAGCUGGUUCAUCAGAAUCUGCUUGUGAUGCGAUAUUGACUAUAAAAUCACUUUAUGUGGAUGUUUGUCUGCAGGCAUCUUGUGCCACUUGUUUUUUUCCUCUUUCUUAUCCUUUUCCUUGUUUUACAAAUGGUAUUCUCUUGCCUGUAUAUAUUAUAUAUUUUACCGUUUCUAUGUAAUUAUGAAUAUUUUAUUGUGCUGUCCUAAAAUGCCAUUACUUGAAAUAAAAUAUGUCACUUUAGAAUUAAACUGUCUUUUAGUGAAACUAAGUGUUCAUUUUCUGUUCAGUUGUCUACUUUGCCCUGAUGUCCAGUCGUUUCCCCCCCCCCCCCCUUUUUAUUUGAUGACGCUCCUCCACCGGCACGUGGCCAGCAGGGGUCGCCAGCAUACCACUGGAGUUGGAUUGUUACAGAUUUUAGGACACUGUUGAUAAACCUGUUCCGCAUUCGAGUUCUUUAAUAAAAUAUUUUACUGUA